AUGUCAAAAGGCUAUAGAUAUAUAAUAAUAAAUGGUGCAAAUGGAAAUCAUUCGCAUACACAUUUAGUAGAAUUAGUGGUUUCUGAUAACGAAAAGCAUUAUAUUGAAGAAGACGAUAAAGGUUUUUUUAUUGAUAACAAUGGAAAAUCAUAUUUGCCUAAUAAUAUAGACGAAUUCUUGAAAAAACUUGUGAAAUACAACGCAGCAGGACCUUUUCUUAUUAAUUUAAUUAGGAAUAAUAAAAAAGCUUUAAGCCCAACGAAAUUAGAAUUCAAAAGUAUUUAUAUAAAGAAAGAUAUAGCUAAUUAUACUUCAAUAGUUGAUAAUCUUCUAAAAUAUGCUGAAUAUUCUAAAGAUUUUAAUAAUUUCAUUAAAGACAAUUUAGAUUCGAUCACAACUAUACCUGCACAAUAUAUAUUACAUUGGCCGAAGAAGGAAGACAUUAAAUCAUUAUUUCGCGAAAAGAAAAUACUAAUUAACCCAGAUCCUGUAGAAUUCAAAAUUGAAGAUAGUGACCACAACCAGUAUCUUAGUAAACUUAUGGAUGCAUACGGAAUUGUUUCUUACCCAACUCCAUCUUCUAUAAUUAAAAUAAAAGAUGAUUUGCCAGCAAUUCUUCUGAAAACAAAUCAAGUAAAUCAUUUAUUUUCCCAAGUAAUAAAUGCGUUCGCAAUGCAUCCUAAACUUGUCGAUAAAUGGUUUAACACAAAAUUUGAAUUGCAGCCCAACUUAAAUAAAAUUCGCUUCAGUUUACUUAUGUUAAAUGAUGAGUACUUGCCAACAAUCUUUCAAUACUCGUCAAAAAUGAGAGACCAGAUCAUUUUUUAUUUCCUUCAUAAUGACACUGGUUAUAGCACAUUCUACGAUUAUUUUGUAACUGCAAAGAAAUUAAUAUCGGCAAGGAAACUCACAAUUAAUGAUUAUUAUGAAGGGGUGAAAAAUUUCAGGAAAUUUGCAACAGAAGCAUUAUCUGAGUUUACAGAUGAUAUAACUACAGAUUAUCUUAUUGAUGUAUUGGAAUUCCUUGAUAAUGAAUAUAGUAAGAGGAAAUGA